GCAGUCUCAUCUGUGAUGCUGGGGAUACUCUAUAACCACACAAUGGAAACCCCUGCCACGUUCUUCCUUGUGGGUAUCCCAGGUUUGCAGUUUUCACAUCUUUGGCUGGCUAUUUCACUGAGUGCCAUGUAUAUCAUAUCCCUGUUAGGAAACACACACAUAAUGACUGUAAUCUGGAUGGAUUUCACUCUACAAGAGCCCAUUUAUUGUUUUCUGUAUGUUCUGGCUGCUGUGGACAUUGUUAUGGUCUCCUCUGUGGUACCCAAGAUGGUGAGCAUCUUCUUUUCAGGAGAUGGUUCCAUCAGUUUUAAUGCUUGUUUCACUCAGAUGUAUUUUGUCCACGCAGCCACAUCUGUGGAGACAGGGCUAUUGCUGGCCAUGGCUUUUGACCGCUAUAUAGACAUCUGUAAGCCCCUACACUACAAGAGAAUUCUCACACCUCAACUGAUGCUGGUAAUGAGUGUGGCCAUCACCAUCAGAGCUGUCAUAUUUAUGACUCCACUGAGUUGGAUGUUAAGUCAUCUGCCUUUCUGUGGCUCCAAUGUGAUUCUCCAUUCCUACUGUGAGCACAUAGCUGUGGCCAAGUUGGCAUGUGCUGACCCUAUGCCCAGUAGUCUCUACAGUGUGAUUGGCUCGUCAUUAUUGGGUUCUGAUGUUGCCUUCAUUGCUGCCUCCUAUCACCUGAUUCUCCAGGCAGUAUGUGGUCUCUCCUCAAAGAAUGCUCAGCUAAAAGCAUUAAGCACAUGUGGCUCUCACGUGGGGGUUAUGGCUCUAUACUACCUACCUGGGAUGGCAUCCAUCUAUGUGGCCUGGCUAGGGAAGGAUACAGUGCCUCUCCACACUCAAGUACUGUUAGCUGAUUUGUAUUUGGUCAUCCCACCCACCUUAAACCCCAUCAUUUAUGGCCUGAGAACCAAAUAAAUACGGAAGCGAACAUGGAGCUUGCUGAUGCACUGCCUCUUUGACCACUCCAAACUGGGUUCAUAA